AUGAAGUGGAUCGUUUGUUCCUUGAUAGCGCUGGCCUGUGCGGUUCCAUGCAGUCUGACUGGAACAAGUUUCGAGGGGCAGGCCCAGAGCGCGGCAAGGGGGAGCGUCUUGAACAGAACUCUCCGACAGAGAUGCUGGGAGCAAGUCGCUAGAUCGAGGGAGAAGGCUGGGAGCCCUCUCAAGCUGCGCGGGGGUUCAUGGCAGGGUGGCGAAAACCGCCUGCAAGUCCUUGAUUUCCCUUCCAGAAGUUUCCAGCGCAAGUGUUACCAUGCUGCCAUAGGCGAGUUUUAUGCUCGCUGGGAUCCAUUUCUAGAGCACGUCAGCUCGUCUGAAGCGAAAUGCAAGGAGGGAAUGCAUGUUCUGCUCCUACCAAAGGAGGAGGAGGAGCAUUUGAGCUUCGAGACGAGGAUUGUGGGAAAACUUGUAAAGAAUGAAGAUGGCAGCGGCUUUAAAGUGUGUUUCCACAAUUUCGACGGUCAAGACUACGUUUCAUCCUUGCAAACAUUUCUCGGCAAGAAUGAGGCCGAGCUGAAAUCGCAAAAUGCAGCAACCAGCGAUUUCAGCGAGUUGUCAGAAGGAAACUUCGUUUUCUUUGAGGGAGAUGCGAUUUCGUUUUGUAUCCUUGCAGAUAUCUUUCGGCUGUUCAGAGUCGAGCUAAAGACUUCGCUCCUCCUUUGCCAGACAGCUCUGAAGAUUGAUAGCAUGAAUGUCGACGCUCUUGCAAUGUGCGGCUUCAUCGAGCAUCGAUACAACAGCAACGUUGUGAAAGCCAAGGAAUAUUAUGAGAAGGCACUGGAGAAGUCUCCAGACAAUGUUGACGUGCUCGCAAAGUAUGGAAUUUUGCUACUUGAUGAAAACCUACGAUGCUAUGGGAAAGCAGAACAAGCGAUAGAAAAGGCAUUAGCGAUCGCACCGAACCAUACGUCUGCUCUUUGUGGCAGAGCAAUCUUUGUACAAGAGACUUGCAACCAGUAUGAUGCUGCUGAGAAGAUCUAUCUGGAAGCUUUGAGUAGAGACAAGUACCAUGCUGAUGCACUGUGCUUUUACGCCACGUUUGUUGGCAAGGCUGUGUUCAAGAAGUUUGAUGAGGCAGAGAUGUUGUACAGGAGAGUUUUGAACAUCAGCGAGAUGUUUUCUCCUGCCUGGAGUUUCUUGGGCUUGUUGAAGCAUUCUGUCCACCAAGACUACGCAGAGGCCGAGCACUGCUACAGCCAUCUCCUCCUCUCUGUCAAGGGCGACCACAACAGGGCUGAGGAUUUGUACAGAAGAGCGUACGAGGUUGACCCCAAGGACGCGAUCAAUCUAUGCAACUACGCCCAUCUUGUUGAGGUUUUCAGAAAGGAUUACGAAAGAGCCGAGAAUCUUUACAAGGAAGCCCUGUGCGCUGAUCCGUGCAACGUUGCAGUGCUCUGUAACUACGGGCACCUGCUUGCGCGAUCUUCACAGGACCUGGAGAGAGCAGAAGAGAUGCUCAAGAAAGCCGUCAGGUUGGAUCCCAGCUACGAAGACGCUGUUUUUGGGCUGUCGAUCAUCCGAUCGAAGAUGAACGCGCGACCAAGUAAAGCCCCGACCAGCCCUUCAAGGAAUCCUCUUCACGAGAAGAUGUACCAAGAGCUGCAGAGGCGUCGAGACGUCCGAUCACUGCAGGCAGACAAGAAGAAGGAGGACGAGGAGCAGAUGCAACGUGCGGAUCGUAUGGCAGAGAUGCUGCUGAAAGAGGAGGAGGCAGAUCUUGAAGCAAAGAGAGGGCAGGGGGAUCCGCAGCCCAUCACUCCCAUCAAUUCACGCUUUGCAUUUUAUUCUACACAUCUCAAACGUUAG